UCCCCAAAUGAGAAAGAAUACACGUAAUCAGCAGUGAAUUGCAGUGACCUUUCAGAUAAAGCACCUGUUCGACUUUGUCCUCUCUCAGAGACUCAGAGCCUUGGGGCACUGAGGUCUGCUAGUUCCACCUGUUCAUCUGGAACCUGGAUCUAAGGAGGGAAGAGGCCUUAUCCCUGCUGGCAUAGUCAGGUCCCAGCCCAGCCAGGUAUUGAAGGAGUUGGGCUUUUAAUGAUGGUUCCUGCUGACCUGGAAACAUCUUAAGUGGAAGAUGGAUGUCAGCGGCUGCAGCAGAACCCGGUGAAGACACCCCCGGGUGGCACAAGGCUCUGCGAGCUGUAACUCCGACAAACGCACAACCUCUUGAGGCUUUCUUCUUCUAAGGAGUGUGACACAGUUAAAAAGGAAAAAAGAGCCACAAGCAAAACAGUCGCCAGUGAAAUAGGAGAGGGAGCUCUUUAAACAAGGCUAGCUGCAGCUGGCCUCCGCCGCUCAUCUGCAGGGCGUGAGCGCUUGGUCCAUGGAGUGAAGCUCCUCCAACCUGGGUCAACGAAAAGGAAGAAGAAAUGGCCCAAGAAGUAGAUCUGAAUACUCUCAAGGAGUUAGAACGCGAGGCCAUUCUCCAGGUCCUGUACCGAGACCAGGAGGUUCAAAACGCAGAGGAGGAGAGGAUACGGAAACUGAAAACGCACCUGCAGCAUCUCCGGUGGAAAGGAGCGAAGAGCACGGACCAGGAGUACAAAGAGAAGUGCUGUGCGCGCUGCCAGAGGGUGCUGGGGCUCCUGCUGCACCGGGGCGCCGUGUGCCGGGGCUGCAGCCACCGCGUGUGCGCCCAUUGCCGAGUGUUCCUGAGGGGGACCCAUGCCUGGAAGUGCACGGUGUGCUUCGAGGACAGGAAUGUCAAAAUAAAAACUGGAGAAUGGUUCUAUGAGGAACGAGCCAAGAAAUUUCCAACUGGAGGCAAACAUGAGACAGUUGGAGGGCAGCUCUUGCAAUCUUAUCAGAAGCUGAGCAAAAUUUCUGUGGUUCCUCCUACUCCACCUCCUGUCAGUGAGAGCCAGUGCAGCCACAGUCCUGGCAGGUUACAGGAACUUGGUCAGUGUAGAGGAUUUAAUAAGUCCGUGGAAAAUUUGUUUCUGUCUCUUGCUACCCACGUGAAAAAGCUCUCCAAAUCCCAGAAUGACAUGGCCUCUGAGAAGCAUCUUCUUGCCACGGGCUCUGGGCAGUGUGCGGGCCAGACAGAGAGACGGAGCCAGUCUGACACCGCGGUCAACGUCACCACCAGGAAGGUCAGUGCACCAGAUAUUCUGAAAUCUCUCAAUCAAGAGGAUCCCAAAUGUUCUACUAACCCUAUUUUGAAGCAACAGAAUCUCCCAUCCAGUCCGGCGCCCAGUGCCAUAUUCUCUGGAGGUUUUAGACAUGGAAGUUUAAUUAGCAUUGAUAGCACCUGUACAGAGAUGGGCAAUUUUGACAAUGCUAAUGUCACUGGAGAAAUAGAAUUUGCCAUUCGUUAUUGCUUCAAAACCCAUUCUUUAGAAAUAUGCAUCAAGGCCUGUAAGAACCUUGCCUAUGGAGAAGAAAAGAAGAAAAAGUGCAAUCCGUAUGUGAAGACCUACCUUCUGCCUGACAGAUCGUCCCAGGGGAAACGCAAGACUGGAGUCCAAAGGAACACGGUGGACCCGACCUUUCAGGAGACCUUGAAGUAUCAGGUGGCCCCUGCCCAGCUGGUGACCCGGCAGCUGCAGGUCUCGGUGUGGCAUCUGGGCACGCUGGCCCGGAGAGUGUUUCUUGGAGAAGUGAUCAUUCCUCUGGCCGCGUGGGACUUUGAAGACAGCACAACACAGUCUUUCUGCUGGCAUCCACUCCGGGCCAAGGCAGAGAAAUACGAAGACAGCACUCCUCAGAGCAACGGAGAGCUCGCAGUCCGAGCUAAGCUGGUCCUCCCUUCAGGGCCCAGAAAACUCCAAGAGGCUCAAGGGACAGAUGAGCUGUCACUUAAUGGCCAACUUUGUUUGGUAGUGCUGGGAGCCAAGAAUUUACCUGUGCGGCCAGAUGGCACCUUGAACUCAUUUGUUAAGGGCUGUCUCACUCUGCCAGACCAACAAAAACUGAGACUGAAGUCGCCAGUACUGAAGAAGCAGGCUUGUCCCCAGUGGAAACACUCGUUUGUCUUCAGUGGUGUAACCCCAGCCCAGCUGAGGCAGUCGAGCUUGGAGUUAACCGUCUGGGACCAGGCUCUCCUUGGAAUGAACGACCGCUUGCUUGGGGGAGCCAGGCUUGGUUCAAAGGGAGACACAGCUGGUGGCGGGGAUGCAUGCUCACAAUCGAAGCUCCAGUGGCAAAAAGUCCUUUCCAGCCCCAAUCUAUGGACAGACAUGACCCUUGUCCUGCACUGAUGCGAAGGCCUCGAGGUUCCAGGUUGCAGUGGGUGUGAAGCACUGUGCCUCUGCAGAGUGGGGCUGCAAACCAGGGGCAGGGUCCCAGCUGGAGACCCUUUGGACCUUGAGCAGUCUCCAUCUGCAGUCCUGUCCCGUGGCUUAAACGCCUACUGGUAUCUGUGUACAUUUAAGUUAAACACAGUAAUGUAUGUUACCUAAGCCUCUGGUGGGUUAUCUCCGAGAUGGAGAAAAUGGCCAGAUUUCAAUAAAUGUUGUUACC